CUUACAAAAUUCGUGAAGAUACGUAUUGGAAUGGGCCUUUUGCGCACACGCCAACAGCGUAAUACUGUUGAAAGCAUUCGCGAAGCUAUGAUCGAGCUUCGAGAGACAUAUCCCAACGCAGGUGCCCGGGAGAUGGUUAAUUUGCUCUUUCACGAGCAUGCCAUGAGUGUUUCGAGAAACAUUGUGAUAGCAUACUUUUCAAAGUACGAGGUCGACCUUGUCCGCCAGCGCAAGGCUCGUAGGCUCCAGAGACGACGGUUUUGGGCAGCGGGAGUCAACGACUUGUUUGCUGUUGAUCAGCAUGACAAGUGGCUUAGGUUUGGCCUUGCGUUACAUACUGGCAUUGAACCGUUUACUGGGCGCAUUAUGUGGAUGCGAGUGUGGCACUCGAACCGGAAUCCGCAACUGAUCCUAACUUACUACCUUGAUACCAUCCAGGAACUUGGUCACAUGCCUAUGGUCACGCAAAGUGACCCAGGAUCGGAGAACUUUGGUAUUGCUAAUGCGCACACGAUGCUCCGUCAAUGGCACGACCUGACACUGCAAGGUACCCUACAACAUCGCUGGAUGCGUACAAAGAAAAACGUCAUGCCAGAAAUUACGUGGUCUCAGUUACGACGCCGGUUCACUCCAGGCUUCGAGAAUUGCUUAGACAGUGGUGUUGAUGCUGGCUGGUAUGACUGUGACAGCACUUUGCAACGCUUAAUAUUUCGAUGGGUAUUUAUUCCAUGGCUGCAACGUGAGCUUGAUGGGUACAAGGACCGUAUAAACAAUACUGCGAAGCGACAUGAUCGCAACAAGGUGCUCCCUCAUGGGGUCCCAAACCUCAUUUAUGAUUCACCAGGUGACUUUGGUGCACUUGAUUUCAAAAUCGUUCUUGAACCAGGCGCUAUAGACCACGUUCGUAAUCUCUAUGUUGAUCUUAAUCACGCUGUCUUUGAGCUUGUCCCUCGAGACUUCGGUGAUUUCUUACAUCAGUGCUAUGAUGAGCUUGGCCGCCCCAUUGUCGAUCGCCGCUCAGCGUGGAAUGUCUAUUUGGACUUACACCAGAUCACCUCUCGACUUUACGAGCAGCUGCCGCCAAUGGUGCUCCCCGAUGACAAUCUGGACGAUGAUUUCUUACCGCUCUUGGAAGACCACCAGGACUUGCCAUUUCACGACGGAAACGAUGGAGCUUAUUAUAUGGGUGGUGUAGGUGGGGGAUUGGGCCUUGGUGCGUCUUUUCCAUCAUGCAUGCAACAUUACAAAGACCUGACUUCGUUGUAG